AUGGGGUGCAACAUGUGUGUGGUCCAAAAGCCUGAAGAACAAUACAGGGUCAUGUUCCAGGUGAACAGGAAGGAGUUGUCCCGCCUGUCUGGCGAUCCCACACUGGACACGAGGGACCCUGUGCUGUCCAACGUACUACGGGGGCGCAAGUCCCGCAGACGCGCAGGCCUAACGGGGCCCCCGGCCGGCGUCGCUCCGCCGACCAUGGGGAUGGCCGACUGCGUGGACAGCUGCACCCAGACGGACAUCAGCUUCCAACAUACGUUGACCGCGGGCAAGAGCGGGCCGUCUCCACCCGACCCCCCGCCUUCGCCCCCUCUCCCAGCACUCCUGGAGCCAUAUUUGCUCAAUGAACUUUACCUAGAGCCCGUGUACUACGACCCGGCCGACUACUUCGACAUCACUCAGCAUGACGUUGACAGGCAGGACGAGCUGGAAUAUGAGGAGGUGGAGCUGUACAAAUCCCAUCAUCAGGAUAAACUCGGGCUGACAGUGUGUUACAGAACCGACGACGAGGAGGAUCUUGGGAUCUACGUCGGCGAGGUGACCCCGAAUAGUAUUGCUGCAAUGGACGGCCGCAUCCGCAAGGGGGACAGAAUAUUGCAGAUCAAUGGAGUGGACAUCCAGGACAGAGAGGAGGCGGUAGCUCUUCUGACCAGAGAAGACAGCACUAAUGUCUCCUUCCUCCUCGCACGACCCGAGAUCGAGAAUGACAACCAAGUGGACCCAGACAAACUGGACCUGGAGCCACCGGACAACGCUAUCCAUCUUCUGGCCAGUCACAGAAACGGCAGUUGCGCGGACGCCUCCCCUCCGGGCGGCGGUGCUGCAGGUCGCCACGAUUGCUUACUGAACAGGGAUUCGCCCGAUUUGCUGCAGACCGUGCUGAGCAACAGCCAGGAGCUGGACAGCGGAGUGGGCCGCACGGACGAAAGCACGCGGUACGAGGAGUCCUCGGAACACGACCUCCUGGGAGACGACCACACCAGUGCCUCCAAUACAAACGCCACAAACACACCCGGAAGCAUGCGUAAGUUUUCAUCCGCCCAAAGCGACACGCCGCCACUGCUGUACUCCCAAGACCUUCAGUUUAGCACCGACUCCCUUUUGGGCCUGGACUGUGUCAACGGAGGAGGGCUGGAGCAGCUGGAAGGCAGCAACCGGACCUACACGGGUGACCCGGUGAGGAUGAUGAUGCCCGGACUGACUGAAGAAGAGUGCGAGAGGUACAAAGAGCUGCUGGAGAUAAAGUGUUACUACGAGAGAAGCGGCGGCCGCGAGGAAGGCGGCGUCUCGCUGGACGAGAACAAGAACGAGAGCCUGACUCGGCACGAGAUGGCGCUCCUGGAGGAGGAGUUGCGGCACCUUGAGUUCAAGUGUCGAAACAUUCUCAGGGCGCAGAAGAUGCAGCAGCUGAGAGAGCGCUGCCUCAAAGCUUGGCCUCUGGAGGAGAAGGUCAGUCGGUGCUCGGUCGGCGACGAGUCCCGUCGCCAGGCUCUGUCCGACAUCAACGAGCUUCCGGAGAGGGAGCGCUCCGAUAAGGACAGCACCAGUGCCUACAACACCGGAGGGGAAAGCUGCAUGAGCACCCCGCUGGUUAACGAGCAGCACCCCUCGCCUUCCGCAGCCAGCCCGGAGGGAGGAGAAGCUCGGCCGGAGAAGAGCUUCUCCUCAAGGCAGAGAGAGAGGGCGACCCGGAACGAAGGAGGCACCGCGGUCCCAGGGAACCUCAACCACUCUCACAGGAGAGGAUCCAACCCAGGAGCCCGGAGGGGUUCUGACGGAGGGCUGAGACGCAACAGCAAAACCAACCCUCAGAGUGUGAGGCUGGGGGGCCGCAGUGCCGAAAACAGUCCUUACAUGUCUCGCCGUCACGCCGAAACGAAGCUGCCUCAGCACUACUUGAGCUGCAUGCAGCUGGGGUCUCCGUCGGCCUCCGAAAGGCCGGGGGGAUACGGAGAAGCAUCCGGACAGGGCAUCGCGGACGUCAGCCCCAUGAGUCUGGGUAGCACAUGUAAAGACGUGGCCCGAAGCGGCGCCACCGAGCCCUUCUCGCCGCGUAUGGAGUGGAAAGUAAAGAUCCGGAGCGACGGCUCACGCUACGUGGCCAAGAGGCCCGUGCGGGACCGCCUCCUGAAGGCACGGGCCAUGAAGAUCCGAGAAGAACGAAGCGGAAUGACCACGGACGACGAUGCGGUCAGCGAGAUGAAGAUGGGCCGCUACUGGAGCAAAGAGGAGCGUAAGCAGCAGCUGCAAAGGGCCCGGGAGCAGCGGCGGCGACGGGAGCUGAUGAUGCAGAGCCGCCACGACUUCCUGAGGGAGCGGGAGCGGGAGCAGGGUUGCGGGGGCUCCGGGGACGGCGCUGGAGCGGGACAGCAGGGGGCCGCGCAGCAGCAGGAACCCACCUCCAUCCUGGAGUUGUGCCACCGCAGGAGCAUGAAGAAGCGCAGUCGCAGGAUUCUGGACAACUGGAUUACCAUUCAGGAACUGCUGACCCACGGGAGCAGGUCUGCGGACGGGACCAAAGUUUACAACCCCCUGCUGUCGGUCACCACAGUCUGACUUGGACACUGAAAGGAAGGUUUUGAAUGAGGACGUGGCCUUUCGACGCUGCGCUGGUGCCAACCAGAGGUGGCAAAAGUUCACACACUCUGUUACUCACACAACUCACAAAAAAAGUUAGGGAUAUUGGACUUUCAGGUGAAAUUUCAGGGCGAGCCUAAAACGCACCAGAACCUUUACAGGUGAACUUUUUACUUUCACCAAACUUUUGAAUGCACAUGUCCAACUGUUCAGUGUUUCAGUACUUUUUGCAUAACUUGCUGUUCUCUAACAAGGCGCUGACUGGCAAAAUUCCCUGAAGGUGUUUGCUCCAUGAACCUUUCCAGGGCUGUCCAACUUGUGUGCUUUUCUGUGACUCUUCCAGUCUCGCUGUAAUCUUGGUUGCAACCUCUUCACUUCCUGGUCCAAUUGUUAGGCGUCAUCUUGGUCUCAUAAUGUUGAAAUGUGAACAGAAUAAUGAAGAGGACUGUUUAAAUACCAAUUUUAAUUCAACCAGGAAAUGUCAUGGUUUAAACACGUGAAUUUUGCCGGCCAGCUCAAGUUGUGCAAUAACUACUGAAACGAACAGACAAGUGCAUUGAAAAGUUUUGAGUAUCAGAGUGCAUUUUGCUUAGCUUUAACUUUCACUAGU